GUCACGAUCCAAUAUGUCUGCGCCCGUUUGUAGUUAAUAAAAUCUUUAAAAGUUUACAUUUUCUUGGGUUUUAACUCAAAUGAUCGUCUCUACAAUGAAGAAAAUAUUAGUAAUAGGAAGUGGAAUGACAGGAGCAACUACAGCGUGGUUGCUAAAAGCUGUCAAUCCACACAAAAUCAGUAUAUCACUGUGGGACAAAUCGAGAGGAUCAGGAGGCCGCAUGGCAACCAGUAGAAGUGCAGACGACCCACAAUCAACUGUUGAUCUAGGGGCACAGUACAUUUCAAUCACUCCAGAGUACCAGCAGAAGCAUAGCAGUAUACAUAGUCAACUUAUUGAAGGAGAUAUUCUACAACCACUAACAAUCACUCCUGAAGGUUCGCGAUCCCAUGCUGAGGGGACCUGUCAUUAUGUAACUCCUGGGGGCGUCAGCACACUAGUCAAAUAUUUCUUGAAAAAGUCAGAAUGCCCAGUGGAGUUCAACCAACAUGUUAACAAUAUUAGCAAGGUAGAUGAUGGAUUGAGGGUGACCACACAACAGGGAAAGAUGGAGCAAUUUGACUCUGUGGUGAUUACCAUGCCUGCUCCACAACUAUUGCAGCUUAAAGGGGAUGUAGAAACUUUUGUAGAGAAAAAUACUGAAGUUGCAAACAAUCUGAAAGCCGUGACUUAUUCAUCGCGCUAUGCUUUAGGUCUUUUCUAUCCUCCUGGUACUGAACUUAACCUUCCAUUCAUAUGCAAAUACUUCUACGAGGACCCAUGUAUUAGAUUUGUCUCCAUUGACAACAAGAAGAGGAACAGUGUUAGCCCUGAUGUAGGACCUUCCCUCUGUAUUCACACCAGUGUUCCAUUUGGACUUAAACAUCUAGAGGAGGAUAAAGAAAAUGUUCAACCAAUCAUAAUGCAGCAUGUCAGAUCUCUUCUGCCCCAACUUCCAGAGCCAUCUAGUGUUAAAUGUCAGAAAUGGAGAUUUUCUCAGGUGUUCAAAGAAUACAAAGAUGCCCCAGGUUGUGUAGUGUUAAAUGAGAGCCCUCUAGUGGUAGCCGGUGGAGACAGCUUCUCACAUUCUAACAUGGAUGGGUGUAUUGCAUCUGCUAAAGCUAUAGUAGAUGUUAUAAAUAGUAAAUUAUGAGAUCACAGUCAAUUAAGCAAUAAUUCUUCAUAAAAAUACCUGUACAUCUGUAGUUCAAUGAAUAGACAAUGCUGUUUGCCCACAUAGUAAAAAAUAUUUCAAAUUCAUGCUGUACACUUCCCCCCUAGUCAUACAUAUAUGUAAAUGUAAGAUGUUAAUGAGCUAAUUAAUUUUUUCGCAAUCUACUACUAUGAUGCAUAUUUUCUAGACUGUUAACAGCCUAACUUGUACAGGCUGGUAUCUAGCUUUUACCAAGGAAAGGGGGAUUCUCUUUUUAAAAAAUUCCAAGGGGUUCUCAUUUUGAACAACGUUGGCCCAUAAAUGGCCAAAAUCACUUG